GGGGCGGGCGCCGGGAGCGGCCCGCGGGGCAGGCAGAGCCGGCUGGCGGGGCGCGGCGCCCGGCCUGCCACCGCGCCGAGGGCCGCAGCAGGAUGUAUAAAGAUUAAGUGCCAAACGCCAAAAUGAGCGUGACUUCGUGGUUUUUGGUGAGCAGCACUGGCAUUCGCCAUCGGCUCCCUCGGGAGAUGAUAUUUGUUGGCAGAGAUGACUGUGAACUGAUGCUCCAGUCCCGCAGUGUCGAUAAGCAGCAUGCUGUAAUCAACUAUGACAAGGAGAAAGAUGAGCACUGGGUGAAGGAUCUUGGGAGCUUAAAUGGCACAUUCGUCAAUGACGUGAGGAUUCCUGACCAGAAGUACAUCACCCUAAAACUGAAUGAUGUCAUUCGCUUUGGCUAUGAUUCAAACAUGUAUGUCCUGGAACAAAUUCAACACAAAGUCCCAGAAGAAGCAUUAAAGCAUGAGAAGUACACCAGCCAACUUCAGAUGAAUUACAAAAGCACGGCAAUGAAGAGGGUGGAGCAGCCCAUGGAGCAUGGUGUCUACACUGAGUCCCCGCAAGCAAAGCUGGAGAAAGGAGAGAGGAAAGCAAUUACAGAAACCAAUACUUACCGCACCCCUCUUUAUGGGCAGCCCUCCUGGUGGGGGGAAGAUGAUGCAAAUAACAAGGAGGACAGAAGGCAAGAGGAACAUUACUCAGAAAGAUCAAAAGAGAUAACCCAUCAUGAAGAGGAACUGAAUGGUAAUAUUUCUGCUUAUAGAGAUGCCCAAGAACAGUCUGUGUUUGCCUUCCGGAGAGAGCCAAGUUACUUUGAGAUUCCAACUAAAGAAUUUCAGCAGCCAUCAAAAUCUCCAGAAACACAGGUCCAUGAGAUCCCAACAAAGGAUGUUGAUGCUGUAGUAGCCCCCGUUGUACAGAGUCAUGCCUCUUUCACCAUUGAAUUUGAUGAUGGUACCCCCGGUAAAAUAAAGAUAAAAGACCACGUAACUAAAUUUUCACUCAGACAGAGAAGACCGUAUAGUAAGGAACCAGCUCAUACGGAAGUGAUGUCAGCGGAGAGCAAAGUGGCUGACUGGCUUGUCCAGAAUGACCCAAGCUUGAUGAGACGGCAGUCUCCAGGAGAUGAUGUGUACAGUACAAAGAGUGACCUGCCGGUUCAUGUGAGGACACUUAAAGGCAAUAGGCACGAGGACGGGACGCAGAGUGACUCCGAAGACCCCGUGGCGCCCAAGGCAGAGAAGGAGACAACGACGGGCAGCGAACGUGCGACGGAGCAAACCAGGCUGCAGCGCCAGAUGAGGCGUGAUCCCCACGAGAUGCUGCACAACAAGCAGGCCUUUGUCAUCGAGUUCUUCGAGGACACACCACGGAAGAAGCGGUCACAGUCUUUCACACACAGCGCUCACUCGUCCCAGAGCGACACCGAUCCGGGGCUGAAGACCAAGGUUGAAAAGCGCAAGAGUGCGUUGCCGGCAGAGAAGCUGGGAAAUGCAGUACCACCGUCCCACCUUGGAGCUCAGGCAGGCAAACCCAAUAACAGCUCCUCCGGGACCCAAAGAAGUAGCUCCUUCAAGAGGGAGAAGACAGAGGAUCGGAUCAACUCUUCGUCCUCCUCUGCUUCCAGAGCAUCAGCCAAAACUUAUGGGAGCGUUGGAAGGAAGUCUAAAAUGGCGCAGGAUUUUAUGGCUGAGUACUUGCGGGAGACUGCUCAGUCUGGGAAGCCGAGCGCUGAGAAACCGGCACCUCUGCCUGUGCCGGUAGCUCCACGCGUGGUUAUAUCGUCAGAACCAGAGCCUGCCUCUGCUCCACCUCCGGAGAUAAAGUCAGCCCAGGGCAGGAGGAACGAUGAGGAAGACAGUGUGAGUGAGACGGGCACAUACACCAUCGAGACAGAGUCACAGGAUAAAGAGGUGGAGGAAGCGCGAAAAAUGAUAGAUCAGGUUUUUGGUGUUCUUGAGUCGCCCGAAUUUUCCAGAAUCUCUUCAGCCUUUAGACCAAUAAUUAAAGGUGAAAAAGAUGACUCCGGUUCUCAUCAGCAUCUAAUCAGUGAAAAUGGCACUAGUCAGAAGUCACCCUUGCUCCAGGCAUUUGCCUCAAAAGCUGUGAGUGGGUCUCAGGCUGAUGCACAGAUGUCUGCAGCAUCUCAGGGGAGUCAGAAGUGGGUGUCUAGGUGGGCGAGCCUUGCGGACAGUUACUCUGACUCUGCAUCUGUCUCUGGGCAGGGUGAUGGAGGUACAGAAAGUGCUGUAGUCCCAAAACCUGGGGAACCAGAAAACGCUGUGCCCUUGAGAACAAGGCGCCUUCUUCCCCAACUCCCACCAAGUGAUAAAUCAGACAGCCCUACACCCACGGUCCUGGUUUGCCAGGAGUCCUAUUCUGAGGUUACCAAGAGAACCAUCAUGAAGGACCACUGUGUGGAAGCCUAUGGUGAUCCCAGCAGCCGCCUCUUCAUCCAAGAAGACUUGGAUCCAGAUAGCCUCAGUGAUGCCAGUAGGUCUGAUGAUGGCUUCAGCACAGAAAAAGGCAAGAAAUAUAAAGAGAACAAUAAAAUGCUAGAGCAGAUGGGGGAAGACACAAGAUCGGAGAGCCGACAGCCAGGAGCCUCCCGGGUCUCAAACAUGAGAGCUGUAAGUGAGCCAGUUUCUACUUCGUUUUACAUUGGUGAUGACAGCAACGAUGUGGGGAUUCCCUCCAAGCUCUCUCUAAGCGUGUCCCAUGCUCGAGCAGACAAAGAUGGCAAGGAUCAGGAGUUUUCCUUCAAGUCUGCUGGCCCACCAGUUCCUGGAAAGCCACCGGUCAAAGAUGUUAGUGCUUACAUAAAUGCAGCUGGCAGAGUGGUUAUUUCCCUUCAUCAGAGUCUUCCUCAAGAUCAAGAAAACAUGGCAGGAAAGGAAACAUCAUCUUUUGUUAGACAGGAAAGUUUUACCAAAGAUAAAUCAAGCAGUGGUGUUCCUCAAAACAAACUCCCGCAUAUUUCAAGUCACCCUCUGCUUAAAGAUUUAGAGGCUGUUCGGUCAACUCGUAUGGACUUUGGUCAGGAGACUCAUCUUCUCCUUAAGGACACUGAAACUGCCUUGGCAGCACUGGAAGCCAAAUUACUUGGUCAAAGCCAACAGCUGGAGCCCUCGGAAACUGCUGGUCAGCUGGAGGACUCCUUGUCAGGGGACUCAGACGUGGACACUGCCAGCACGGUCAGCUUGGUGAGUGGCAAAAACGUCCCGACGAGCGCCCCAAAACGCAAAGCGGUCGUGAGCUUGCAAAAAGAGAAAUCUUCCUCCACGCCGUCCAUCCAGGACCAGUGCGGGCAGCCCAGCGCUCGGGACAGGCUGACAGAGAAGCGGAAAACGCAAGCACCAGAGUCAUCAAACCGCACGGAGGCCGCCAAACGCUUCCAGAUGAAGCGGAGUGCUGGGACUCGAGGGUCGCUUGAUUUCACGGAUGACGAGAGAAGCUCGAGCUUGCCCUACUUGCCUGUCCCCGAUGCAGUUGUGUCUGACCACGAGCACUCGGUAACCCGGCCAGUUCCCAGAAGGAAACCUUUUACUCAGGCCACCAAGGAGGACCACAGCAAAACAACCUCGAAUGUGCAGAAAAUCCAGCAAGUUCUCACCCGCUCCAACAGUUUAUCCACCCCACGGCCCACAAGGGCCUCAAAGCUACGUCGUGCCCGGCUGGGAGAUGCUUCAGACAACGAAUGUGUCGAUACUGAGAAAACGGCCUCCAACACUGAAGCCACCACUCCAGGCCCCAAGCAGUCCAUGGAGACGAAGAAGCUUUCCCGGCUGGACAUCCUCGCCAUGCCGAGGAAACGGGCAGGUUCGUUUACGGUGCCCAGUGACUCCGAGACGGCGCAGUCGAGGACAGGGUUUUCGGGCCGGAGUGUCGAGUCCUAUCGGAAGACAGGUGUUUCAGAGGUUAGAGCCGCGGCGAGGAAAACAGCAGCCGCUGCCUCCGCAAAGCAGCCUUUCAGCAGGACCCGUUCAAGCAGUGUCAAGUAUUCCUCCUCGUCCACCACACAAACACCGAGGGUACGUGGCUCUGGGCUGAGCAAGCAGAAGCACAACGGCAGAGAAACGGAUGAUGAUGAAGAUUUUGAUGACCACCCUGACCCCUACAACUUCAUGGCGCAAACAGCAGAGAUAGCAGAAAUAGCCAGACUCAGCCAGACCUUGGUGAAGGAUGUGGCCAUCCUUGCUCGAGAGAUUCACGAUGUUGCUGGGGAUGGAGACUCACAGAGUUCAUCGGGGACAGGACCAAGCACCUCCCUCAGCUCUGUGCCCAACACUCCUGCUUCCACCAUAUCAGCGAGAGAAGAGUUGGUGCAGCACAUUCCAGAAGCAAGUCUGAACUACCAGAAAGUGCCUCCAGGAUCAGUGGAACUGAAGGAUUUUGACCAAAAUAUGAACAAUAAUAGAGAAGAGGAUCCCUCAAGAAAAACGAGGACAAGAAACCGUGAGGAGGUAAUCUUUGACAAUCUGAUGUUGAACCCAGUGUCCCAGCUGUCACAUACAAUCCGUGAAAAUACAGAAAACCUAGCUGAAAAAAUGAAGAUUCUGUUUCAAAACUCAGAAAGGACCUGGGAGGAGAUGGAGGCCAAAAUGAAUUCAGAAAAUGAAGUGCCAAUUCUGAAGACAUCAAACAAGGAAAUCAGUUCUAUCCUGAAGGAGCUCAGGAGAGUUCAAAAACAGCUCGAAGUCAUAAAUGCUAUCAUUGACCCUACUGGAAACUUGGAUGUAGUUGCCAGUAACAAAGCAUCUUCUGCUGCUAAACAAUCUACAGCCACUAAAGUCAGGACUGCUAACACUUCUGGGUCUACACUGGAGACUUUGUCCCCAGUACAGAUGAGAAACUACACACAGAAAUCGAACUGUGGGUCUUCUAGCUUACAAGAUUCGAAUUUCAUUCCAGAUGGAGAGAAAUAUGUGAUCUGAUACAAAAUUUUGUAUUGCUAUCAUAUUGUAAUCUACUGUUGCAUUAGUAUUGUGUAUGAGUGGUUUGUGGACAGUUUGUGUGGAGCAGUUGUUUAGAUUGCUAACACGUUGCACAAAAAAAAAAAAUCUAUGCUGUGAGGGUGAUUGGAAAGUCUGUGUAUGCCUUUUAAACAAGACUAGCACUGUGGAGCAGCACAUAUUCAGCAUAGAGGCAAACUGAUUUUUAGAAAAUUACUCACUCUUCCAGCGUGCCAUAAGGAAACAGGCUUUGCAUACGCUCCAUUCAAUACUGCCGAAGCUAAAGUGUUCUUGCAUUGGCCUGUUUAUAAUUAUUCAGUUGUAAUGAGGCGCAAUUUAAAAAAACACUUUUUGGUACUAUAUUUGUUUUGGUUUUGUUUGUUUGUUUUUUUUUUUUUUUGUAAGUGUACAAGUGAAGCAUUACAACUCUGUUGGAAUCAAUGUGCAAAUCCAACAGGAUGAUCGUGCAAUAUCUUGGGUUUCUAGGAGAAACUCUUACUACAGUUGUGUAAGAAGUCCUUUUCAGCAGUUAUAAAAAGGCAACUACGCUGAAGUUGUGCAUCCUUUUUUUAGUCCAAAAACCAAAACAAGACAGAAUAAACCCUUUGUUUUUCUCUUGGGAAAGUGUAAAAGUUAAUAAUGGUAUGAAUGUAAAGACUACUAAUGCAGUUACUAUUUUUGAUGAUGUUUCAGGCCCAAAGUUUGGGGUUGGUACAAAAAGUCAGAUUUUACAGUUUAGCUUGCCAAAUUUUCAUGAUCUUGGUACAAAUGCUGUCUUUAAGCUGAGCUUUUUUUUCCUUUUUUCUCUUUUUUUAAAUAUACAGUCUUUUUACAAUGAGCUACAAAUGCUUUUGGCUGGGCCAAAGACUUAAGAUGUUUGUGAUUAGCUAAUUGCUAAGAAAAACAUCUGUUCCAAUGGCUCAUGUAAUAAACUUAAUUGCACAGUUGCUGUGAACUAGUGUUCACUUGACAGCACUGAAAAAAUAAUGGCUUAAAUGUAGCUCCACCUUCAUGGCUAGUUCUGUUAGGAAUUUUUUUCAAUGCAAAAGUGCUUGAAGACCACCAUUCUGUGGUAUUCUUCAGAAACUAUUGAACAGUGUCAAGCACUUUGUACAUUUGGGAUUUUUGUCUGGAUUUUAUUUUUGGUCUGUUAUAAUCCUAGAAACACUAUGUUACGUGCAAUUGCACCGAGCAAUUUCUUGUUUAAAAAAAGUUGGAUUUUGUAUUCUGUCUUUCUGUUAAACUGCAAAACACUAAGCAAUUUUUGUUGCUUUAAGAGCAAAAGUUUUGUUUUAGAGGGGACCUCUUCCAGACGUGUUUGCUCCCAGUUAUUUCUGUCUUGUAUCAAUUCCUUUUUCAUUCUUCCUGGUCAAUAAACAGUAAUCAGGUAAAGAAAUUUUUGUAGCUGUGGAGGAUACAUUUACUGGGAAAGGUGAGCAGAUGAGUUCCACUUUGCCCUCAUACAGUGUGUAGUUUAACCAGUGAAAAUGGUUUCCCAAGCUUGACUGCUUCUUGUGUGCUGACUUUAUAUUUUGGGGUGGGUAGUGGAUUCCUUAGUUAGCCUCAGUAGUUACCUGAGCUUUUCUGCUAGAAUGUUGUAACAGUGGGAACCUGUUAAAAUAAUUCAAAUAAAUAGGGAUGCUCACAAAGUGUUUAAUCUUAGUAGUGAAGACCGUGAUUUCUUUCCUGGUGAAGCUAGUGGGAGCUUUCUAUCAAUUUCAGCAGAAACAGAAUUGAUCCCAGAAUGGGAGUAUGCCAACAGGCCAUUAGUUUCUUUUGAGCGUGCAAGAUGCUGGCUGGUAAACAAUAGGUGCAAAUAUUCUUCCAAGAUUUUCAGUAGGUUAUAAGACUCAUCUGCUUGUAUGGAGAUGCUCUUCCAUGAAGAAAUCUGCUGGAUUUCACGUAGAUGAAUGCAGAAUAAAAAAAGAAUUUGCCCUUGAUGUUCUUCUGCCUGUAAUAUACGCACCAUCUGAACGUGUUCAUUCAGUCGUUUGUUCUGAUCUGUCUUUUCUUGAAAUACCUGACUGUGUCCUUGAUGAAUAUCAUAAGUGGUGGUAUAAUUCCUGACAUGUGAGACACAAUUUUUCAAGCCCUUCUUGGUUAGGGUUUGAACCAUCCAGGUGCUACCCCAACUCACUAGGAGUUGAAGGACCUUCACAGAUAAGGUGUUGCUGUUAGUUUCAGUUUUGCUGUAGAGACAAGUGAAUUACUCAGACAUCUGACUAUUAUUAUUACUUGUUAACCAUGUUUCCACAUCUUCAUGGCUAUGCUCUAGUGGAUUUUGUUUCUCUACAAUGUGUCCUUGAUGGGACUUCUGUUUACUUUCAUUUGAAAAUUGCUUGAUUUUUCUUUCAUUCAUGAACACAUCAGGGAUGGAUUUUCUUCCUUGGUUGCUCUGUUCUGAACUUGAGAGAGAGCCUGCAGACACCUUACAUCAAUUAAAUCAACCCGCAAAAUAUGGUACCUCUUCAAGUGACUAAUAAGGAUGCAACAGUCGGUGUCUGUUUAUAAUUUGGAAACGUGUGUGAAGGGAGGGGAGGAUGCACAGCUUGAUUUGUUUUAUUUGUGACUCAGCCAAACUAUAAAACGCUUCUGCACCCUGACACAAUGUUCAUCCUUGGAUCUUUGCAUUUAAAACAGUUUUCUAGUCGAUGAUGAAAUGCAAUAUAUUUUUUUCUUGUAUUCACUGCUUCUGAAGCACACCCCGUUUGCACUUGUCUGCUCCAGAUAAGCCAAAGAGCUAGCCACCUGACUAUUACUCCUUUGUUGAUUGUUCAUUCUUACAAGCAGUACUGUACACAACCAUGAAAACAUGCCUCUGUGUGACUCCAGUGUGAACCUAACAGACGUGUAGUGGUGUAUCUGGGUGGCCCAGGACCAGUGCGUAAGAUACGUGUUGGCUUGCAUGAGCUACAGAUGGGCCUUGCAUUGAGUUUGGUAGGGGUGACGCUGACCUGUGGGUCACUCUCAUACCAUAUUGCUUUCAUGUGUUUUGUAUCUGACUAAAGAAAUGUAAGGAAGGGUGGGAUUUUCAGAGUCUUAGGGAAGCGAGUGCUCAGGUCCUUUGGGGUUUCCGUAUGCUGUGAGCACCUUUCAAAAUCCCAGCCCUCAGCUCUUCCACUAUACUUGAAAACCAUGUUCUCAGUUUAACACUUUCAAAUGUAAAAACCUGUUACUCUGUUCUGAUGGCAUGAAUGUAAGUUCCUGUGAGAAUGUGUACGAGCUUUGUGAGCAAGGACCUAAAUCGUAUCUACGUAUCUAAGUGAUGUCAUGUCAUGGUCAUGCUCCAGGAGAAAAGAACAUCUGCAUCAUUGAGUAUUUUAUUAAAGGUACAACUAGUGGAAUGUUUACAUACAGCCUACUGAAAAAAAGAGGAGACAAAAAAAAAAAGAUAAAGUGUAAAGUAUUUAAAUGCAAGAUUCUACUAGUUUUUUCUUGGUUUGCAGAUCACACUAGCUAUUUUUGAAGUUCCGUAAAUGUGUAUAACUUUUGCAAAGAC